AUUAACAUGUAAGAAAUGUCGGACAGCGUCUGAGAGAAGUUGGGGUUUUUGUAUCGAGUGGAUGUCAACAAAAAGUGUCAAUCUCAGGCCUCCACAGCCGAUGGGCUGAUCACCAGCGGGAAGAAAAAAAAUGAAUCGCUGGUGGAAUAAACCUGCAGAUGUUAAGUACCACGGUUUGGUCAACCAUGGAGCAACAUGCUACCUGAACAGUGUGCUGCAGGUUCUGUUCAUGACAGAAGAAUUCAGAGAAGCUGUGAUCAGACUUACCAGUCCCAGUCAGGAAUACAUUGAUCAUCAUCUUAAAGGAUUGUUUGAAGAAUUACUGCAAUGGAAAGCAGAUCCAUAUCAUAUAUUGAGAGCUUUAGGAGUCAAAUAUGUGUAUGAACAGCAAGAUGCAGCAGAAUAUUUUGAGAGGAUCUUAAGGAAGACCAGUGAAGAUGCAGCACAGAUCUUUCAUGGACGGCUGAGUCACAGGACGACUUGUUCAAAAUGUCAGACAGUGACUGACAGUAUAGGUCCGUUCUGGCAUCUUCCUCUUGAACUGGAAGAUUCACCUGGUGGAAACUACAGUGUGGAAAAUGGCAUCAAGAUGUUUUUCACACCAACGAUAUUCGAUGGCGAUAACAAGGUGUACUGUGAAAUCUGUGACGCUAAAGUUGAUGCUACCAGAAAAUAUGUAAUAACUCAUCAUCCAGAUGUUCUGCUUCUGAUGCUGAAGAGGUUUGACUUCAGCUAUCAGUUCAUGUCUUACAUCAAAAUCCACUGUAAUGCUGAUGUUCCUCACACCAUUAGGAUACCAGAGAAUCAGACAUAUGAGCUUUAUGCAGUUGUGGAGCAUUUUGGUGAUUUAAGAGGAGGACAUUAUCAGGCAGUGAUUAAGUGCAAGGAUGAAGGAGACGAAUGGUUCAUCUUUAAUGACGGAUCAGUCACACAGCUAGGCAUAAAUCCUUUUCCUGAUGAUGUGAACGUUGCACCGUCUGUAAGCGCCUAUCUUCUAUUUUACAGAAAGAAAGUUGCAGAUUGUGUCAUCAGUGAACCGUGUUCAGUCAGAGAUUACAACCAAAGCGUAAUUCAGGACCAAAGUCCAAAGGAGGAGAAUCUGCAGCCAGGUGAAGAAACAGAAACACUUAAUGGGAAUAUUUCUGAUGAGAAGAUAAAAGUUGAUCACAUGUCCUUUGAAGCUAAACCUGAAAAGAGCGGAAUAAUUGAGUCAGAAGAGAUUGAUGCAGAUGAACAGAGAUUACCUGAAGAACAACCAGCCAGAGAGAGACAGACUGAAGAAUUGAGUCAGGAUGAGACAAAAUAUCCUCAAGACAUAAUAAUGGAGAAUCCAGAGGAGCAGGAGAAAAACAGAAAUCAUCUCACUGCAGAAGAUCAAAUUCAGGGAGAAACAGAACCAACAAAUUUUGGAAAUAUGCAGCCAGACAUAAAUUAUGAUCAUAAUAUAAACAGUGCUGAACCUGCAGCGUUUCACAAAAACCUCUUGGAACAGCAGGAAUCAGCAGAGGACAGAAUAGAUGAAGAGAGGAGGAAACAUGAGGCGGAAAACAGCAACAAACUGAUCACAAAAUCAGAGGAAACAGGGGCUGAUGAUGAGGCUGAAAAUAUGAGAUAUAAUCGUAAUGAAGCAGAAAGAGCUGCACUUAAUAAACUAGAAGAAAUGAAGCAGAUUGGUGAGGCAGUCAGUCAUUUGAAAGAAAGCUUUUCUUCACAGGAUCCUCAGAGUAAAGGAUUCAGUAAAAUACCACAAAGUUUAACUUCAGAUGAGCCAAAUAUUGAUGAUAAACACCAAAGGAGAAAAGAAAUGACAGUCGAUGCUGCUAAAACACAAGAAACAGAGAAUGUUGACAAAACUUAUGUUCAUGAAGACAAGCCAAAGGUAGAUGAUGGUGGAAAAAGCGAACAAAAGAGUCAGAUAAGAGGAAAGAGAAAUAGAUCAGAUCAAGGAAAGAAAGAGAAUCAAGAUAACACUGACAGGACAGUGGGAGCGUAUUCUGACAGUCCUCAGGAAAGCACAGUAGAUAUGCAGAAGGAAAACACUGAACAAAUCCAUUCUUGUCAUGAUACACAAAAUGAACGUAAUUUGAAGAAAACCAGAAGAAAUGAAAAUUAUAAGAUAGCAGCAACACUGACAGGAAACCAGGAGGCUAAAAGAGAUGAAGAAACAAGACAAGAAAACUUUCAGAGUUACAGAAAUAAAAGGUCAAAGGGCGCUGAGGUCGAGAGACAAGGUUCAAAUCAGGCUGCAGUUGAGUGCAAAACCAUAGAAGUAGAUAUUAGGGAGUUUUCUCCUGGUGGUAAAGGUAAAAAAAUGAUAAAAACAAUUACUGAGGAAAUCACAACUGUUAACAACAGCAGCAAUAGAAAAUCAAUAAGCGAUGAAGGAAAAGUUGACUGUGACUUGGAGGAUGGUGUAUUUCUUUCUGAACCUCUUUUACACCAACAACAAAAUCCCACAUCGAAGGAAAUCACCAGAGGAGCAAAAGAAGACGAAUACAGGGAGAACUUUCCCUCUGAGACUGAUCUGGAAGCACAACAAAAAAGGAAUGAUAUGAAGAAGAAAUGUUCAUGUAGGUGCACCUGUGCAAUUCUGUGAGCAGAAAGGAAGGAAGCAACAAAAAAAAGUGACACUUCUUUGUUUUUUUUAUUUCUAGGACAUGAACAAUGCAGAUCAGGAAUCAAAUGAAAAUGACAAUAACAGUCAUUGUUUGCUGCUCCUUAAGUUUUCCUGAAGGCCUUUAUAAGCCUCACGAAGAAAUACGGUGAAAGGCUGUUGUUGUUUGUUUUUUUUUACCAAAUAGCAAAAAUUGUUUUUCAUAGCUUGAAAAUAAUAUCAGCUAAAUUUAAUGUUUUUCAUAAAUUCUUUUUUUUUUCUUUAUCUGUCAAUGUUUUGACCUUUUCCAUUUUAACUUUUAU